GAGAAUCCGAUUAGCGAUCAAGGCUAGAAUUGAUUAUUGCUCGCGGGCGACAAGUGUGGUGACGCGUCUCGAUCCGCGCACCGCUUGGGCUUCUCGUAGGAGUACUGCUCAGCCUGUCACCGUCAGCGUAUGUUCUUGUUCCAGUUCCUAUUUUUACUCCAAGUCCACUAGGGAUCCUAUCCAGAUUCGUGGGGACACCCUCUUCGAGUUCCAGGCUUCCAAGGUCCAACCUUCUCCUCUGAGGCCGUAGCAUUUGUCUGGUUGGAUUGGGUUGUUCCGCUUGGGUAGCCGGGUGGGAUCGAAAUCUGUGUGGCACCCAUAUGGCGGCGGUCGAGGGGACGAAGAAGAAGGUAAUCAUCGACACCGACCCCGGAAUUGAUGACGCGAUGGCCAUCUUCCUGGCGCUGCGGUCGCCGGAGCUGGAGGUGCUGGGCCUCACCACUACCUUCGGCAACGUACACACCGCCCUUGCCACGCGCAACGCGCUCCACCUGCUGGAGGCUGUUGGCAGGACUGACAUCCCCGUGGCAGAGGGAUCCCAUGUAACGAUCAAGAAAGCCACCAAGCUGAGGAUCGCAAGCUUCGUCCACGGUUCAGACGGCCUGGGAAACCAGGACUUCCCUCCACCAGCUACCAAGCCUGUAGAUCAGUCUGCUGCUGCCUUCCUGGUUGAGCAGGCAAAUCUGUACCCUGGUCAAGUUAGCGUUGUCGCCCUCGGCCCACUUACCAACCUUGCUCUGGCAGUCGAGCUUGACCCUGCGUUCCCGGAGAAGAUAGGGCAGAUUAUUAUUCUUGGCGGUGCGUAUUCAGUUAAUGGAAACGUGAACCCUGCAGCUGAGGCGAAUAUCUUUGGGGAUCCCGACGCUGCAGAUAUCGUGUUCACCUGCGGCGCUGAUAUUUUGGCCGUGGGACUAAAUGUAACCCACCAAGUGGUUCUAACCGAUGCUGACCGGGAAAAGCUUGAGCAGUGUGACAGCAAAUACGCCCGCUACUUGUGCAAGCUAAUGGGCGUUUAUUUUGAUUACCACAGGGACGGUUACUUCAUAAAAGGAGCGUAUCUUCACGAUCCAACGACGGUUAUUGCUGCGGUGAACCCAUCGCUGCUGACUUACACAGAAGGCGUUGUGAGGGUACAGACAGUCGGGAUCACCAAGGGCCUUACUGUUUUCGACAACACCAAGAAAAGGUACGGAGAGAUCACAGCCUGGAGUGGCAUGCCCACCGUGAAGGUCGCUGUCACCGUCGAUGCCCCUGCCGUGGUAGAGCUGAUAGUGCAGAGGCUGAUGACCGAUGACUAGCAACAACGCCACCAGCUGAUCCGGCCGCGUUGUCAUUAGAACACGAGAAUGCAUUGCGUUGCAUUGCAUGUGGUUAUGUGCGUGCUUGGUGUUUACGUACAGUUUAUAUAUAUAUGCUUGAUACGUUUGCUG